UUGCUCCUCUUUGAAUUAAAACAUGAUGCCACUCUUUUUUUUUAUUCAUGGAAAUGUGCUUCUGUGUUCUCAUUCUCCACCCUGUCAGCCACAUAUCUGUUCCAGAGCCAUAACCUACCUCUCUCUUCCAUUCCUACAGGUGCCCACCAUCUUUUCCCUGCUUUCCACACCCCCAUCCCAAUCGACAUGAGGCACCACGAGGGCCGGUACCAUUAUGAGCCCAACCCUCUCCACACUAUGCACGGACCCCCUGGACUGGCGGGCAGCCCGGUCAUCUCAGACAUUUCUCUGAUCCGCCUGUCGCCCCACGCCGCGGCGGGGACGGGCGAGUCCCCCUUCAGCCCCCCACAUCCCUACGUCAGCCCGCACAUGGAGCACUACCUGCGCUCGGUCCACGGGAGCCCCACCCUGUCCAUGAUCUCUGCUGCCCGGGGACUCAGCCCAGCUGAAGGUAACCGCCUUAAGACCACCAGGAAGAGCAGUUCCACAGACCCGUGUGGUGGACAGGGGAUGGAGGUGAGGCAGCAGGACGGAGCAGGGCUGAGGCCCCCUGUCACCUGUGGCUCUGCCAGUCAGAACCAGGGUUCCUCCCACAGAGUGACCCACGAGCAGCUGAAGGAGCGAGCCCUGUUCGGGUUCCCGCCUCCCCCUCCGGGAGCGAACCCCACUGAGUUCUACCACCUGAUGGCGGGGGCCAGCCAGAGGAGUCCGUACGGCGAGCUGCUGAUGCAGAACGGGGCGGCGGCGGCCGCGGCGGCCGCAGCAGCCGCCGCCCACCUCCCGGAUUACAUCAGCCCUGUGGACGGUGAGCACAACAGCCUCUGUGUGCCGCCGUGCACGCCUCUGCUCGGCCCCACCCGCUGCCUUACAGUCCAGUCAGAGGGCACAGGGUCACAUGGCUGUGGGCUGGUCUUACCCACCACAGCUUGCCUCCCUCCUCUCCUGCAGCCCCUCAGCGUGCGGCCCUGCUCAGCCACACCGGGGCAGGACGGGCCGCUGCUGAAACCACAGCCACAGCUUUCUCCCUUCUUGUCCCGGUUUUCCAGCCCCCGGCUGACCCCCCGGCUGAGCAGGAAGAGGGCCCUGUCCAUCUCCCCGCUGUCCGACGCCAGCAUUGACCUGCAGACCAUGAUCCGGACCUCGCCCAACUCUCUCGUGGCCUACAUCAACAACUCGCGCUCCAGCUCGGCGGCCAGCAGCUCCUACGGGCACCUCUCUGUGGGGGGGAUCAGCCCCACCUUCAGUUUCCCACAUCACAUCAACCCUGUGGCCUACCAGCAGCUGCUGUCCCAGCAGAGGGGGCUCAACGCCUUUGGCCACACCCCUCCCCUGAUCCAGCCAUCGCCGUCCUCCUUCUCUGCACGCCAGCACCCCCUCACUGCUUCAUCCCUGUCCACGCACAACUCAAACUCAGACACAAACCAGCCCCGGGCCCGUUUCAGCCCCGGGCCCGGCUCAGCCCUGGCUCAGCCCCGGGCCCGUUUCAGCCCUGGGCCUGGAUCACCACAGCCCCCGGAUAGCAGCAGGCUCCUCCGGCUGGAGGAGGGACGACCCCCACAUCUAUGCAGCCUUAUUAACCCUGAUCAGAACCAUAUUUCACUUUGGGUUUGCAGCCAGCUGAAGUGCCUGGAAGGGAAGUCCUCCUCACCACUGAUUCAUCUAAGCCUGUGUUCUUCCUUUGUUCAGAAUGCCAGUGGAGACCCGGCAGUCACCAGUACAGUCAAUCCACUGACCACCAAGAGGACAAAGGUCAAGACCGAAGCAGAAGGGCCGCUGCCCAUUUCACCUACUUGCCAGGACCAUGGUGGGGGCAUCCUGGACCUGAGCGAGGAUCUAGAUAAAGACGAGUGCAAGCAGGAGCCGGAGGCCGUAUAUGAGACCAACUGCCACUGGGAGGGCUGCUCCAGGGAGUACGACACCCAGGACCAGCUUGUGCACCCCGCCCUGGCCUCAGCCAGUGGCAGCCAGUGUCACCGUAGACCAGCCGGGGGGGCAACAGCCGGCCGGGGGGGCUCCCAGGAGCUGGGACCUCCAAACAACACAUUUGUGGUGCCCCAGCUGCUUUGGGCUCUUAAUCACAUCAACAAUGACCACAUUCACGGAGAGAAGAAGGAGUUUGUGUGUCGCUGGGAGGAGUGUUCCCGGGAGCAGAAGCCCUUCAAGGCCCAGUACAUGCUGGUGGUGCACAUGAGGCGCCACACCGGAGAGAAGCCCCACAAGUGCACAUUUGAGGGCUGCUGCAAAGCCUAUUCUCGUCUGGAGAACCUCAAGACCCACCUCAGGUCCCACACCGGGGAGAAGCCGUACGUGUGUGAGCACGAAGGCUGCAACAAGGCCUUUUCCAAUGCCUCAGACCGGGCCAAGCACCAGAACCGCACACACUCCAACGAGAAACCGUAUGUGUGUAAGAUCCCGGGCUGCACGAAGCGGUACACAGACCCCAGCUCUCUGAGGAAGCACGUGAAGACCGUCCACGGGCCCGAGGCCCACAUCACCAAGAAGCAGCGCGGCGACGCCCCCCCGAGGCCGCCGCCGGCCCGGGGCAGCGGGGAGCACCAGGCCCACUCCAAGCCCGGCUCCAGAGACAUGGACGGCCAGGCGGAGAGCAACAGCACAUCCACAGGCGCCGAGGACUGCCAGCAGGUCCGCUCCAUCAAGACCGAGAACUCCCUGUCGUACCAGUCCAGCCCCGGGGGCCAGUCGUCGUGCAGCAGCGAGCCGUCUCCCAUCAGCAGCGCCAACAACACCGACAGUGGGGUAGAGAUGGCCCUGCACAGCGGGGGCAGCUUCGGGGACCUCAGCGCGCAGGACGACUGCCCCAUGGUGGACUCCACGGUGGCAGCCGGGGGGCAGCAGGUGGGGGUGGGGCUUCAGCUGAGGAAGGCUGCGGGCGGGCCGGUCACCAUCAAGCUGGAAAACAUCAAGAAGGAAAGGCUGAGGACGGUGAGGGAGUCCUGCCCCUGGAUCCACCCGCAGCCCCCCCAGGGGCCGCGCGACAGCAUGAAGCUCCCCCCCAUCCCUGCAGUCGGCUCCCUGCUGGACGGCUCCGGCCUGCUGGACCCGUACGAGGUGACGCUGCUGUCCCAGCGGCGGGGCAGCGGCAGCAGCACGCUGAGCUCCGCCUACUCUCUGAGCCCCGCCUACUCUCUGAGCCGCCGCUCCUCGGGCAUCUCGCCCUGCGGCUCCAGCCGGCGCUCCAGCGAGGCCUCGCACUGCGGGGGCCGCCGCCACCACAACCUCAGCUCCGCCGACUCCUACGACCCCAUCUCCACCGACCUGUCCCGCCGCUCCAGCGAGGCCAGCCACUGCGGGGGGGGCGGGGGCGGGGGCGGGGGGGGCCUCCCCAGCAUGCUCAGCCUCACCCCCGCGCAGCACUACCGCCUCAAGGCCAAGUACGCCGCCGCCACCGGCGGGGCGCCGCCCACCCCCCUCCCCAACAUGGAGCGCAUGAGCCUGAGGACGCGCAUGGCGCUCUACAGCGAGCCCCACGAGGGCGCCGUGCCCCCCCACCGCCAGCCCCCCCCCGGGGCCCGGCGGUGCAGCGACACCGGCUACGGCGUGAUGCCCCACGAGGCGCCGGCCAGCCUGCCGCGCCGCGCCAGCGACCCGCUGGCGCUGGCGGGCCAGGGCUACACGCGCUCGGACGGCAGCCUGCAGCGGCACCCCUUCGCCCCCAGACCCCCCAGCAUCUCCGAGAACGUGGCCAUGGAGACCAUGGCGGUGGACGGGCUGAUGGCCGGCGGGGAGGACGACCUGGUGCUCCCGGACGAUGUGGUCCAACCCCUCCGGGGGAACCUGGCCGUGGUCCAGCAGAGGCACAACUUUGGCUCGCUCCCAGCGCCCCCCCCAGCUCAGGGCCCGCUCGGCAACCAGCAGCUCGCCCCCGCGAGCCAGAACCUGUGCACGCAGGGCUACGUGCACCCGGGCUACCAGGGUCUGACGGCCCCCCCCACGCAGCAGCAGCAGCUUCCCCACAGGCUGUGUGGGGGCUUCAGCCAUCCAGCCAACCAGGAGCCGGCGUUCAGCCAUGAGCCCAGCCCAGCCGCCAUGUCUGUGAGCAGCAGCCUGCGCCCCCCCCACAACGGCGCCGGCGCCCCGGAGCUGCCCGGCUACGCGGCGGGGCCCCAGACGGACGGCUUCUCUGCGGUGACCCGGCUGGACACCCACUACAGCCUCCCGGGUGUGACCAGAGGGGCGCUCCAGCCCCGGCCCCCCCCGGAGCCCCGGCCCCCCCCGGAGCCCCGGGGGGGGGUCAGACAGGCUCCCGGCCCAGCACAGCCCGGCCGAGCCCCCAGACCGGCUGACCAGGAUAGCUCUGAGGCCAGCCCCAAGAGGCCCGGCCGGGGGCCGGCCCCCAGGGGUCAGCGCCCGGAGAACCCCGACCCCGCCCUCUGCUACGUGGGCCAGAUCCACAUGUUCCAGCCGCCCCCCCCCAGCUUUGAGGCCGCCAUGCCCCCCAUGGCCUCGCCCGGAGUCAACCAGGUCUCCAGCAGCACGGCAGACUGCUCCCCGGGGGGGGCGGGGCCGGCGGAGCCCCCCCAGAUAGACUUCGACACCAUGCUAGACGACGGGGACCACUCCAGCCUCAUGUCCGGGACCCUGAGUCCCGGCCUGCUGCAGAGCCUGUCCCAGAGCUCCUCCCGCCUCACCACCCCCCGCAACUCCGUCACCCUGGCCCCCGCGCCCCCGGGGGGCGGCAACAUGGCCAUCGGAGACAUGAGCUCCAUGCUCACGGCUCUGGCUGAGGAGAGCAAGUUCCUGAACAUGAUUAGCUAA